ACGCACCUCAAAACGCAAACGACCCUGCAAAAAAACUGACGUCCGUGGGAGGUGCAAGAAAAACAGCUGGUAGUUAUAAGCUGUAGAGUUCGCUGUACUGUGACGCUCUACCUUCGUGUCUGACUUCAGGCUCAGUAGAUUUGUCUCCGGGACAGCUUUCAGGACCUCCAGUUUGAAAAUCUACACUCUUCUACAAUGGCAGCAAUCGGAAACCGUGGAACCGUGACUGAAGCCGCUAAUUUUAAUCCCGACGCAGAUGCCCAGAAGCUUAGAGAAGCCAUGAAAGGAGCUGGCACUAAUGAGGCAGCUCUCAUUGAGAUCCUGGCCCACCGUACUAUUGCCCAGAGGCAGCGAAUCAAAAUGGCCUACAAACAAACAGUGGGGAAGGACCUGGCUGAUGAUCUGUCCUCAGAGCUGAGUGGGAACUUCAGGAGUGUUGUUCUGGGUCUGCUGAUGCUGGCGCCUGUAUACGAUGCCUACGAGCUCAGAAAUGCAAUGAAGGGGGCUGGAACCGAAGAGGCUUGUCUCAUCGAUAUCCUCGCCUCAAGGUCAAAUGAGGAAAUAAAACUCAUCGACGACGUCUACAAGAAAGAAUAUGAGAAGAAACUGGAAGAUGAUAUAAUCGGGGAUACAUCUGGAAUGUUUCAAAGAGUUUUGGUCUCUUUACUCACGGCUGGACGGGAUGAAGGCACCACAGUGGACGAGGCCCAGGCUAUUCAAGAUGCCAAGGAAAUCUAUGAGGCUGGUGAGGCUCGAUGGGGCACAGAUGAAGUUAAAUUCCUCACAGUGCUUUGUGUGAGGAACCGAAACCAUCUGCUGCGAGUGUUUCAGGAGUAUCAGAAGAUUUCUGGAAGAGACAUUGAGGAGAGCAUCAAGAGGGAGAUGUCUGGCUGCCUGGAAGACGUCUUUCUGGCUAUAGUGAAAUGCAUCAGGAACAAGCCGGCUUUUUUUGCUGAGCGAUUAUACAAAUCAAUGAAGGGCCUGGGCACUACAGACACCGUCCUUAUCCGGAUAAUGGUAGCCAGGGCUGAGAUUGACAUGUUGGACAUUAAAGCACAGUUCCUGAAGAUGUAUGGAAAGACUCUACACUCCUUCAUCAAGGGAGACACAUCUGGUGACUACCGCAAAAUUCUGCUCCAGCUCUGUGGAGGCGAGUAAAGAAAAUGUCACUCCAACAUUCAGCCAUGUGUUUACUCUGGAAUCUACAACAUUGGCUUUUUUAUUACAGUUUGUUCAUCUGUGCUUUUUACAUUUCGCUGUGCCUUAUUUGACGCUUUCUAAAAACAAUUAAACCAAAGAUGUGUGAACUGUG